AUGGACAUCAGCAACCAUCAGCCCAAUGUAUCUCAAACUGUACCCUUCCUUUUUAAUGUCCUUCAAAUAAUCUUGAACGUAUUCUGGGAAUUUGUUCGAGUACCCUUCAUUCAACGAGUAGAUGUUCUUAGUAUCUGGCAACUUCAAGUUUGGAUGGGUCAAGAUAAAUUCACCCAACUGAGUAUCCAAAGUAAAAAGAUUGACACCGUGACCUGUAGUCAAUGCCAAAUGGGCAGAUGCACCGUACAUGGUGUACCCCGCAGCGACCAUCUCCUUACCAGGACGCAAGACAUCGCUGAUGCCACCAGUAGACCCCUCUUGCAACUUGUACACACCAAAAAUCGUACCAACAGAAACACCAGCAUCGAUAUUGGACGACCCAUCAAUUGGAUCAGUACAAACAGCAUAUGUGCCACCACCUGGGAACACAAUAAGGUCUUCUUGCUCUUCAGAAACCAAAACCUUGACGUUGUUGGAAGAUCUCAUGGCAUUGAUAAAGAUCUCAUCACCAAUCACAUCCAAUUUCUUCUGAACAUCACCGGUAGAGUUGGCAGAGCCAGAAACACCAAUAAGGUUGACCAACUCAGCUCUUCUGAUAUUGUGGGCAAUAAACUUGAAUGCAAAUUGAAGCGCAUUCAACAACAACGACAACUCACCGGUGGCGGUGGGAGCAACAGUUUGCUGUUCUUGUAA